AUGUCUAGCUCUGGCAAGGGCUCGUCCAGCCAGAAUAACACCAUCGCACAAUCAUCCGCCUCAGCCGGUCAGAAUGUGGAAGAUAACCGCCGCGCCCGUCGAAAGCGUGACAAGGCCAAUUCGGAGGCAGGCCCUUCCGGUUCGCACAUAGAGAGCACGAAUGCCCCGAAAACAGAUAUACCUAGCAAGGAACAAAACUCAUUUGGAGACACAGAUUUUAUUGCGUUCACAUUUAGCGACGAAGAAGACCAGGAUGUUGAAGACCGGAGACCGGAGGUGAGGGAGUGGGACAAGGGCAAAAGUAGAACGUCUGACCGCGAUCAUACCGGUCGAAAACGCAAGGUGGACGAUAGUAGCUUGGACGAUGGAUACGCAAACAAGAAGCAGCGAGUCGCGGCGGCCUCACGUAAAGCGCCAUGGGUUGCGGAUAUCGAUUGGGAUAGUUGCACAAACGUCGCAGAAAUGUUACACCGUGACGUUGAGGCUUUUGUGAAUUACAUCUCACCCACACCCGAGGAGAACGAAGUUCGCUCACUAGUUGUUGCACUUAUCACUCGAGCUGUCACGCAAGCCUUCCCAGAUGCAGAGGUGCAUCCAUUCGGGAGUUAUGACACUAAGUUAUAUCUUCCCGUAGGCGAUAUUGAUUUGGUGGUACAUUCGCAGUCUAUGGCAUAUAGCAAGAAGGAAGCGGUUCUUCACUCAAUAGCCAAUACUAUGAAACGUGCUGGUAUCACGGAUCGGGUACGCAUUAUUUCCAAGGCCAAAGUACCUAUAGUCAAGUUCGUCACUUUGCAUGGCAAUAUUCCCGUGGAUAUCAGUAUCAACCAAGGAAACGGCGUCACUGCUGGAACGAUGAUAAAACACUUCCUCGCCGAACUUCCUGCAUUGCGCAGUCUCGUACUCAUCGUAAAGUCCUUCUUGAGCCAACGCAGCAUGAACGAGGUCUACACCGGCGGACUUGGAAGCUAUAGCAUCGUCUGCUUAGUUAUCAGCUUUUUGCAGAUGCAUCCCAAAAUUCGCCGAGGGGAAAUUGAUCCAUCGAAAAAUCUGGGUGUUCUUGUGAUGGAGUUCUUCGAACUGUACGGCUGUUAUUUCAAUUACAAGGAAGUGGGUAUCUCAAUACGCGAAGGAGGCACAUACUUUAAUAAAACAGAAAGAGGCUGGCAGGAUUUUAGCCAGCCUAGACUCCUGUCAAUCGAAGACCCUGGGGAUCUAUCGAACGACAUCUCGAAAGGUUCAUACGGCAUAGUGAAGGUUCGUACUACCCUUGCCGGCGCGCACGGUAUCAUGACUGCGGCUGCCUAUGCACAAGCGAAGAUUAUAAGCGCAAAACGAGAAGGCCGAUAUACGCGUUUGCGGGAUACACACACUGAUCAGAGGAGUAUUCUCUCAAGCGUCAUGGGCGUCACUCAAGAGACUAUCAAUCACCGUCGAUUGGUGCAGGAAGUCUAUGAUCGUCAGGUGCUGCACCGAAUGUUGGGAGUGGCACCUCAGGCGGGUGUGGCUUUGCAUGCACAGACGAACGGCCAGAGCCGUGUCGCUCAUGAAAAGAGCGUGAAGACCGCUUGGGAAGCGGUGGAUAUGGAAUUGGAAUCAAAUGACGAACGACACGCGUCCGGAGACGAAAGUCGAUACAAAACUGACGACCGCCGACAACCUCCUAGAAAGCGGCGGAAGACGGGACGAGAGCAAGACAUGCAUACCGUCUAUACGACCGACGACGAGGAGCAAAAUGACGAGCGUACUACUGCAGUCGCUGGUCGCCGCGGUCUUCGCUCUUUUCACUUUCUUUUCUUUUUCCAGAUGGCUUCUACAAGAGCCUCUAUAACCCCAGUGAACCUGAAAGAUCGCAUAGCAGCUCUCCAACAACGAAAUGGCAGCACCAGCCAGGCGGAUCACAAACUUGCGCCUGUCUUGCCCAACUCCACGCGUAGUUUACGGGAUAAGAUUGCGUCUUUCGAGAAACAAGGCGCCGUUCCCGUUCCGAGGGGCAGCUUUGGGCUCGGUGCCCCCCCUGUGGACGAUGGUUCAUCGCGCCGGCGAGGAGAGAUGAUGGGGAAUCGUGUGCCGGGACUGUCAAGACCAAUGGUGCCUGUCUCAACUAAUGGGUUUAGACCCACUAGUCCAGAAUUUUCAGGUGGGAGAAGUCGCAGCGCUUCCAUUUCUGACGUUCGCAUUGCCUCGCCGCCACUAGGAUCGCUCUCUCCUCCUCUUUCUGCAGUAAGAGAAACUUUAGAUCACACACCCAUGGAUGAUGUCAACGGCCCACGCUUCCCUUCUACGUUGCAAGUACGCACCGAGAGGCGCAGCGUUUCAGAUGUUCUACCUAGAUCGCGGUCCCCGACCUCAAUUGAUGCGCCUGUGCCGGUGGAAGAGGAAGAAGCGGAGAAUCUUUCCCCUAAAUCUGUCUUCAAAAUUUCGGAGCUGGACCAACAUCUUGAGGACGUCGAGCCUCACAGGGAUUUACCACCACAGCCUGCGCUUUUAGAGGCAGACUCAGGGCGACUCUCAUCGAAUGACACUGCGUCCACGUCCACUGCAGCUGAAUCGAAGGAUAUCUGCGAGUUGAAUGCAAAGGAUUCCAGUUUACCGCCAUCCGUUGAUGAUACUACGUCACUUACUGGGCAGGAGUGCGACGAUAUCAACCAGGUUGUUGUCGGCAUGGUUGAAUCUGAAAAUAAGGUGUCAAAUAUUACCUCCGCCGAAAUGUCCACAUCUGGAACAGUUCACCUUCCCGAGCUUCAAGCAAAGUCUGUAGAUGUACAGGUGAGAUCCACGAUCAAUGCGACGUUGGGAGAUUGGGAUGAAGUAUUCACACUCAACGAUCCUACCAUCGUAUCAUGCAUGGCCCCUUCGACGGAAAUUGUCGAGAAGAAGUUGGAACCUGUGACGUCGUCGAUUGUGGUCUCUGAAGCUCAGGAUGUGGUUCCUGUCGUUCUGCCAUCGUCGUCUGUAUUGUCACUGGAUCUAAACUCCUACGUUAACGCGAACGCUGCGGUCCAGCCUCCUCUGAAGCCUAAAAAUGACAAUAUGGAUGUAGACGAUCUUGUUGACCAAUCCCUCGCCCUCGAUACCGCUGACGCAGUAAUUGUCACUGAACCAGCACGGGUGGUGUCCCCUGUCGUGACUCGUGCUAUUCUCAUUCCUGUCCCGCCAGGUCUAUCAUCUGGACCUUCCUCCGGCAACACUUCCCCUGUGUCGGAUGCGCUUGCGCCCUCUGAACCUUCGCUGACGCCGAAGACUACGUCUAAUUCUUUCCGUGCUGUUGUACAUCGCAAAGUAGCCGAUGGAGCAUCCAAUCGUGUUCCAAGCCCUCCUCCUGCUGAAUCGCUGCCGCGUUGGACGAUGACAACUGCAGAACCUCCUCAGUCUCCAGGGUUCGGUGACCUUGCAGACUUGGUAGCAAGUGCAGCCAUGUUGGAGCAGCAAUUAUCUGGUCUUGGAUCUCCAACCAAGAACAUGCACGUUGAUGUGCCUCAUGUUUCUUCGACACCCACACCACCUCUCGAGAAACCGGAGCAUCUUGUUCCUGAUAUCGAGUUGACUUCGGCAGAACAACAUUCCCCGGUUCAGGAUAUUCCAGCGUCCAGUGGAAGCUCACAGUACGACACACCACAAGAGUUCCCUUCCAGUAUACCUGAAUCCAGUGUUCCCGGAACCCCCUCUCGCAGGGAUCAAGUGACUAGAAGCCGAUUGCUUUCGGACACGCCGCCCCCAGUCCCACCUAAGAGCCCGCGGCCACGCUAUUUCUCUACGCUUCUUCCGAGGAGACCAAGCGCCAAUGGGAUGUUGUCCAUGCCUGGGGCAUAUCCCCGCACAAGUGUGUGCUCAGAAAUGUCGGAGGACGACUCAGUACUUGUAUCGACUCCUCCCUCUCCCCGAUUUGACUCCCAUGGCUCGGACACCAGCUCAAUCAUGAGCUCCAGUCGUUCCUGGAAGCUUCCGAAGAAGGGUCUUGCGAGGGCUACUUCGUUCGCUGACAAGCUCUUGCCUAAGAGGAACAAUCGCCAUACUGUUGUGCUUGCUUCUCCUGGUAAGCAGCACCUUGCUGUCCGUAACAGCUGGACGACCGAAUCAUGUAUACUGAAUCUAACAGAUCCGGCUGAACAUGGUCACUUGUCCUCAAGUGUCACGUCUCCCCGUACGCCUUCUCCAACACCAACACUCCCACGCUUCGACCUCUCGCCGUCCCCAGACCAACGACGUAGUGCUGCUUCGCCCAUGGACCGCCCCUCAUCUUGGAUAUCAAUUUCGAGCACGGGCUCCGGGGGGCUCGAUAGCGCGCUUUUUGAUGCGUUUCCGUCUGUGCCUGACGGUGUCCCGUUGAAUCCUUCGCUCCCUCCACAGUCGGAGUCUGCCCAUUUGUCCCCUUCGGGGCAUCUGAGUUCCAGUGGCUUUACUGCCCGGUCGGCGACGUUGCCUUCACGCUCUAGUUACCAGAAACCACGCUCUGCAAGGAUUUAG